AUCGUAACUUGUUCAUAAUAAUUAAAUGCAACUGAAAAUUCCCGAUUUUCAUAUGACUGUUUUUUUAUUAUAUUUUCAUUAUUAUCAAUGACGUUUCUUCAUGAGGUACACACAUGAGUUAUACUGUAUUAUUAGUCAACAGUUGGGUCCAACUACAUUGGAUUUUAAAUUUUCAUUCUGUUAUGUUUGUUUUUGAAUGUUUAUGGUAAAUUUUAAAGAUGUUUUUUAUUCGUGGAUUGAUGCUGUUUUUAUAUGUGCUAAUUCCAACGAUUUCCACAACAAUGGAAAAAUGUGAAAACAUAAACUGUGAGUGUUUUCAAGACGAAGGUGGACUAGAAUACCAUUGCCCAAGUUCCGACUGGCAUAGAAAAUUGGUGGUCCAAAAACAAACAAACCAAAAAAUCAGAUGGAGCUGUCUGAACGUGGAUGAUAUGGAUAAGUACCUACCAAAUUUGAAACUAUACGCCGAAGAAAUUAGAAUAUACGAUUGUCCGUUAACAUUCGAAGCUGCACUAAAUAUAGAUUUCGAAAAUAUCGAGAACCUUAAACUUCAAAACUGCAACAUCACGGCUGGUUUCGUUGAAGUUGUAAGCAACUUCACCACACAUCAUAUCGAGAAAUUAAUCCUUUCAUCCGUCAAUUUCGAGGAGGAUCUGGAUUUGGGAAAUUUCAGCGGCACAAAUCUCCACACUCUAGAACUUACGGAAGUGGAUAUAAACUACGGUAUAAGAUUGUUUCAAGAUCAGUCGAAUUUGAAUAUACUCAAUUUGAGGUCCAACCAUAUAAAGCUUCUGAAGGAAAAUACUUUCGAAAAUUUGGUGAAAUUGGUAUCAUUGGAUUUGUCUGAUAACGAUCUGGUAUACCUACACUCAGAUACAUUCAAAGGACUUUCCGAUCUAACCCAUCUCUUCCUAAUGCAGAAUCAUAUUGAAUUUUUGGAAAAACCGAUUUUUAGGGACUUGAUCAAGUUGUCCACACUUGAUCUCAGCCACAAUAAUAUCUGUUUACUCCACAGGGAUAUCCUGAAACCAUUGAAAUCCUUGAGAGAAAUCAAUUUGGAUAACAAUGAAGGACUAGAACUAGACGAUUAUUUGUUCUCCAAUUUUCCUGAACUCAGGAAAGUAACGAUGCGAUCUUGCAAUCUGAAAAAACUCCCAGGAAAUAUAUUCAGUGGGUCGCCAAAAAUAUCGAGGAUAGAUCUACAAAAAAAUUCAAUUUCCUCUCUACCUAAUUAUCUAUUUGAUGGUCUAACAAAUUUAGAAACGCUUAUAUUGACGGAUAAUGAAUUACUCUCAAUUCACAGUUCCGCAUUCAAUUCCUUAUCAGGAUUGAAGAAGUUAGAUUUAAGUAACAAUAAGUUACAACGUUUGGAGGCAGGACUUUUCGAACCUCUAGUAAAAUUGGAAUAUCUUGAUGCGAGGUUCAAUAAGAUAAACUACAUAGGAAACCGUUGUUUUUAUAGGAAAGAAUAUCUGCGUGAAAUUUAUCUAUCAUACAAUGAAUACAAGUAUGAUGGAAAAUCAGGAUCGAAGGACUCUUUUGCGGAUUGUCCACAGCUUGAAAUAUUGGAUUUGAGCUCUAAUCGAAUAGAAACUAUCCCACAGGAACUGUUGGAUACACCCAACAGCUUGAAGUCUCUCGAUCUACAAGGAAAUAAAAUGAAAACUUUAAAUCUGACAUCUGUGUGGAAAACGGCAUAUAAAGGGAUUAUGAUCAACUUGGAAGACAAUAAAAUAACCAGAUUCAUCUUCGAUAUGAGUUUUCUUCCGGAAGAACCAGAAGAUCCAGACAAAAAUGAACAUGCUUCGUAUAUUUUUCUAGCGAAAAAUCCUUUGAAUUGCGAUUGUAGCGCUAAAAAGUUCUUGGAUUUCGUUAACAACGUUAUGGAAAGAUCUCCAGAUUGGGGAAUUUUAUUUGUCUUUAAGGACCUUACUUGUGCCAGUCCGAAAAAUUUGAAGGGAAUCGAAUUCAUGCAAAUUUCACGCCAUAUUUCGGGUUGUAAAUACAAAUGGAACAUGAAUCAGAUGGCUUCCUGUUAUACUAUUGUACUACUGACUUAUAUCAUUUGUGCAAUGGUUUGUGAAUCAGCAUUAAGAUGUAUGGAUACCGAUUGCUUCUGCGAAGAUUAUGGGCCUAUUCUAUAUCAAUGUCCCAAGGGAAAAAAAACUGAAAUUGAGAUCCGUGUGGAGAAAAAUCGUGACACCAUUAUGUCCUGCCGAGACAAACAACGUCCAGAGAAUUUUCUCCCGAAAAAUUUUAAUUCAACCGAAAGGCUUACCAUAGAGAACUGUAUAGUUUCUUCUGUAACCGCCAACACUUUGAAAAUCACCAAUACAGAGAUUUUGAAUUUCCACGAUUCGAUAUUCAGUAAAGAUUUCGUUGGUUUUUUAUUCGAAGCACUUUUUCCCAGAUUACAGAGCUCAACUUUGGAUGCUGUGGAUUUACAAAUUGAAUCCUCUGGAUCUAUAAAUGCCCCGAAACUCACUUAUUUGGAGUUACGCAACUUGGGCUACAAUUCGGUCCUCAAACUAGUCAACAACCAAAAUAAACUAGAAGUUUUGAAUUUGAAAAAAAUCGACAUUAUUUCACUAGAUGGAGAAAUAUUUAAAAAGCUCCCAAAUUUGCUGGAGCUACAGAUUGAUUUGAACUCGAUUGAAAAAAUAGACGACCAAGCUUUUAGGAGUUUGGAGAGCUUAAGAGUUUUGAAUUUGGGGAAUAACAACAUCAAGUUCAUCCGAAGUCAAGUUUUAAGACCUCUUCAGUUUGUACGUCAAAUAAUCCUUGACAAUAAUGAUGGACUCUCGUUGGACAAUUAUUUGUUUGCUAAUUUUUCACAUCUUUCCAUUAUUCACAUACGUAAUUCAGGCCUGAUUUCCAUUCCGGAAAAUAUUUUCUCUGGCUCGAGUAACAUCUCAGAAAUAUCCUUGCAAUCAAACUAUAUAACUAAUAUUCCGGAAAAGUUAUUGGAUGGGUUGAAAAAUUUGAUGUACGUAGACCUCAAUGAUAACAAGUUGAAAACGUUGGAAGGUGUUUUUCGAAACUUGCCAAAUUUGCAAAAACUCGAGCUGAAUUAUAACGAAAUACCGUCAAUAGGCUCUAAAGACUUUUGGGGCUUAGGCAAACUGAGGGAGUUAGGAUUGAGUCAUAAUGAAAUAGGGGUUAUUGAGGAAGCUGCUUUCGAAACCAACGAAUUCUUGGAAGAAAUACGUUUAUCUCACAACAGGUAUAAGUAUGAGGCCGUACCCGGAAUGUUAUACACAGACAGUCCGUUUUCUAAAUGCAAAAAUCUCAAAGUUUUGGAUUUGAGUUACAAUCUUAUGAAGGAUAUACCUGAUGACCUUCCUGUUCUUUUAAGCUUCUUAGAAUACUUGAAUCUCGAAGGGAACAACAUAGAAAUUUUGGAUUUGGAACAUAUUCAUACUUGGAACGACGCGUUCAAAUACAUAAAAAUCAACCUGCAGAACAAUAACAUCAGUCACUUCCCCAAAAACGAAAUGAUCGACCCUGACUACGAGAUUGAGGAAACUCCAACAGAGCUUGAACAUAUUCAUUUACUGAUAUCGGGAAAUCCCCUGAACUGCGAUUGUCACGCAGAGCAUUUGGCCGAUUUGAUAAAAACAGAAUCAAGAAUUUUCCAGGAUAUUGAGCAGCUGAAAUGUUUCGACCCACCAAACAUGAAAACCAGGAGAUUCAUUGAGGUUUCUCCCAAGGACUUAACCUGCGAGUUACUGUUGGAGAAUGAAGAUUUUCCUUGCACGGAUUCACCAAAUUGCACCUGUCAUUGGCGACCCUUUGACAAGACAUUAAUAGUGAAUUGUUCCUCCUCCAAGAUGACAAUGGCUCCGGUAUUGAAUGUCACCGAUGAUAUGAUGUAUCAGAAGCUUGAGGUUCAUUUGGAAGACAAUUUAUUGACAGAAUUCUCGGAGCUGGAGGGUUAUGAAAAUGUGACUAGCCUGUUUUUGUCCAAGAAUCAUAUGAGAAAUGUGUCUUGGAUUCCAUCGAAAAUUGAGGUGAUUGACAUAAGCCACAACAAUUUGACCGUAUUGACCAAAUCAAUUUUGAAUGCGUUGAGUUCGGAUGACGUCAAAAACGUGACAAUGGGAAAUAAUUCAUGGUUGUGUGAUUGUGACAACUAUCACAUGAAUAAUUUUGUAGUUGGAAAUAUCAAGAAGAUUGACGCUGAGAAUAUACGCUGCGCUUCUUCUCAAACAACCAUCUAUUCUGUGGCCAAGAAAGAUAUCUGCACUGAUACCAACCUUUUCUUGAUAGCGAAGAUCGCCAUCUUCAUUCUUCCACUAAUAGCAUUCCUCACAUCUGCAGUAUUUUAUUAUAAAUACCAGCAAGAGAUAAAAGUUUGGCUCUACGCCAAAAACCUUUGUGUCGGAUUUUUGGAGGAGGAAGACCUAGAUAAACACAAGAAAUUCGAUGUCUUCUUGAGCUUCUCACAUAAAGAUGCAGAUUUCGUUGAGAACCACUUGGUUCCUUUAAUGGAAGACAACCCGUUCAAUUACAAAUUAUGCCUCCAUUACAGAGACUGGACUCCUGGUAGUUUCAUAACAGAAAACAUCGCCAACUCUGUAGCUAGUUCAAAGAGAACCUUGAUAGUACUCUCGCCGAAUUUUGUGGAGAGCAUCUGGGGCAAAAUGGAGUUCAGGAUGGCCCAUCUGGAGGCCAUGAAGGAGAAGAGGAACAGGGUGAUCUUGCUCAUGAAAGGAGAUGUCAACACUGAUGAAUUGGACGAAGAAUUGAAGUUAUACGUAUCGACGAAUACGUAUAUCAAGUGGGGAGAUCCUUGGUUUUGGAAAAAACUUCGAUACGCCCUUCCUCGUGUGAAGGAAAGGGAAUGUGAAAGUAUCCAGAUAGCUGCAUGAAGUUUGGCGAAUUACUCAAUUAUUGUUGGCCUCCCAAUACGAUUAUUACAAAAUCGAGAAAUCUAUAUACGCGAUGAACGAGAAAAUGUAUCAUAGAUGAGGAUGAGAGAAUGUAACUGGUUAUUACAGACUUUCAACUAUUAAUGCACAACAAGCAUGAAUGUUUCUUAAGUAAUACAGAAUUGAUUAGAUGCCAUACUGAAAAACAACUGCCAUUUGAAUCAAUCAAUCAAUCAAUGCCAGUACAAAUUCCCGAGCCAGAUACCUACAUCCAGGAUGACUGUUUUUUAGUUUUUCCUUGGUGUAUGCCCACAAAAAAUGGGAACAGAGGAAGAAUUCUUGAUAAGGAAAAGCAGACUGCUUAAUAUUACAUAAAAGCAUGUUGUAAAUGACGCUCAAUCGACAAUCAUCUGAGAAUGUCUUUGAUAAACUUUCGAUCAAUAAAACACAUUCUACAAUUAAAAA